AUGAUACUAGCAGGAUUGUGGUUUGGCUCGUCAAAGACGAAGACGACGACAUAGAAGAAAUUCGAAGGAUGGAGACAAAAGCAGAAAAUAACGACCAACACCAGGCUAAUUAGGAGUCAGCCCCAAUCUAUCCUGGUUCCUGUUUAACUGUUGGCAUAACUGCAUUAUAAGUCAUGGCAGUUGUUUUGUUCAUUGAAGAUAUCGUUUAAAGCCUGACCAGUGAGGGAAUGGUGGAAAGACAACAUGAUACUAGUAGGAUUGUGGUUUUGCUCGCCAAAGCCUGCAAUGUGGGUCUACCUUAAACCCUUCCAAUCAGCUUUAAGUAGGCUGGAAAGAGAUGGAAAGGUCAUUGAAAGCCCUUAUAGACCGGGCAUACUGAACAUAUGCGCAAUACUUUUAUGUGGAACAUGUGAUCUCGCUGCCAACGCCUGUAUAUGCUACAAUGUGCACUUUAAUGGGUCAUUUUGCUGUUUUAAGUGUUUUCAGCCUGAUUGUACCAUGAAAGCUGGCCAAAAAGGUGAACUUGUACACACCCUCCACUUUAACAGAGAAAACCUGAAGGGAGUGCAAAGAACUGCCGAGUUUCUUGCAGAUGCUAAAGCAGCAAUCUCACAAGGAAAAGCAGUGAUAGUCAAAAGCCCAUGUUGGUUUGCUGGUCUUCAAUACCACGACAUAGUGAAAGGAAUAGCUGUUGAUUAUAUGCACUGUGUUCUCGAAGGCAUUACAAAAUUCUUAUUGCACAUGUGGUUUUCCCCCUCUUGUAAGACAAAACCAUUUAAUGUCACAGAUGAGGUUAACAAGCACAAUGAGAUGCUUUAA